GAACCUCGCGCUAAUGGGGCGGGCCCCGAGCCGUGGUUGGUCUGGAAGGAUUGAGCGGCGGCUUCGCUGGCCAAUGGGCUGCGCGGGCGCCUGACCUGUGGGGGCGACCGGCGCGGCGGAGUCCCGAGGAGAAAGCACUCUUCGCCUGCAGUGCUCGGUGUCCUCCUCGCUCGCUGUGAUGUUUCAGGGUCCGGAGACCGACUCGGCUAAGCCCAGCUCCAGGGCGCUGAAACCCCCUGGAGGAGGCUCUAGCAAUCUCUUUGGAAGCCCAGAAAAAGUGUCUCCCUUCAAGUCACACAGAAUGGCAUCGAACAUAUUUGGAACAGAUGAAGAACCUCAGAACCUCCCAAAGAGAACCAAUCCUCCAGGUGGGAAGGACAGUGGCAUAUUUGAGGACCGUAAACCUAACCCUUCUCGUCAACUUACAAAUCCACCUGGUGGGAAAUCAAGCAAUAUUUUUGGGUCUCCACAGCCUGUUAGCACUGUCAGAGCACACCCAAACAAGCCAAAGGAUCACAUUGUCUUGAAUGACAGAGGAGACUCGCCACAAGAAGUAAAACAAAAAGUUGUAGAAGUCCAAAGGCCUCCGGUGGAAGAACAGAGUGUAAAGAGAGAGCUGCAGACGGAGCCCACCAAAGAGCCUGAACCCAAGAUAGAUGACCACGAGCCCAGGCUGGGGCCACGGCCAAGGUCUCACAACAAAGUCCUCAACCCCCCUGGGGGCAAAUCCAGCAUUGCCUUCUAUUAGGGAAAGCUGCUCCUUUUCCCCUAGUGAAGUUGGCACAGAAAUAUUUUCUGAGUGUUCAAGGGCAGAGCCAAAAGCCUACCCUAUAGGUGUUUGAGCAAGGAGGCUUUUAGUGGUUGGGCUGAUUUACUAUGCUGGCAGAAGUUCAAUGUGAGCGUUUCUGUUUCUAAAGAUACUGAUCACAGACUUGAGAGAGAACGCUUCUAGCCUAUACUCUUCUGUUGCUUUCUGAACAUGGUUAAGGAAAACCUCCCUGUAAAGGGUUGCAAUGUACAUUCCUGCUAGAGGCAGAUUUAUGUAUCAUAUUUUUUCCCCAUAUUGCCACCUUGAUGCUUAGACUAGGUAAUGUAAUCUUGAGAGAAUUAAUGUUGCUGGAUAAGGAGAGAAGCUGGCCACAGCUCUGACUGAACAUCAGUCUGAACUGUGAACUAAAGCUCUCCCUUAGUCUGUCUUGUUGUAAAAGUUAAGGGUAGGAGAUUGUAAGCAAACUCUCUCUUCUGGGCAGGAAUUACAGUCAACACAAGUCAUCCAAAAGCUUUCUAAAGCAGUCUCCAAAGCCUUCACCUUUCCCUUGUGGUGGCAGAAGUCUGCUUUCAGUGAUUAGCUUGGUGUGGUCUCUCCAGGUAGCUGAAGAUGUGAGUUCAACAGCAGUGAAGGGGGUGUUUGCAGUUAUGAACGGCACAGAACAACCUCUCUGUUGAAAGGCCUCUGCCAAACCACAUCGUGUAGCAUUAGAUUGUGAAUCCUGUCCAAAGAGAUGGUUAAGAAGCUAGCAUUCUCCUCCAUCACUAGCUUCCAAAUAGGUUGCGCUUGGCGGUUUUGGCUUCCAUUUGGACUCUUAACUGAUCUAGUUCUGUUAGUGUAUUUGCCUUCCUCUCUUGAUCAGCCUUCAGUUGCCUUUAGCCGCUUCGGCCUAUUCUGUGGGAGUCAUGCUGCCAGGCCCUCGGAGACAACACCUGUACCUUUAAUGGUGCUCCAGCCACUGUGUCUUCCACUAGUCCUCUUGCCUGUCUGCCUCCUUCUGACUGCAGUGCAGCAGAAUUAAGCCUAGCUGCAGCAGGCGUGGAAGAAGACCACUGGGGUAAAUAGGGUGGGGGCUAUAGCCCCUCUCAUUGCAUUUAGAGGUUUGAGUAAUUAAUCAAUCAUCUUUAUUACCGUCCAAGACCAGCAUAAGGGUUGAGUAGUCUCUCCAGGCAAGGAUUUGGCAACCCUUUCUGGAGCCAUGGAUGAUCCUUCCUGUUACUUCCUAAUACAUUGCAGCUGGCUUGAGCCUCCCUCUAACUAGGGAUGGUUCCAAGUUCCUUGCCGUCUGGUACUACUUAUGACACACGGGCUGAUCAGAUGUAUUAGCAAUAAUGGUGUCUUUUCUGUCACAGUAUGUGGAUUUAGGGCUGGGGAAGAUUAAAAGGGAAGGUUCUUAAAAACAUCAUAGAGUCCUUAGAGUGGAGUCCUCAUUACCGAUGUCCCAGGAUUCCUUAUCUGUCAACAGCAAGUCCUUAGACUGUAGUGGCUUGGCUUGCCUUACUCCUGAUUCCCUAACAUACACAUGAGUUCACCAGCCACACUCAAGAACUAGCAGCCUGGCUUGUAGAAUGGCUCCCUGUACCAGCAAAACCCCAGAUUGGUUGGCAAACUACUUCUGAGGAGCAAUCUUGGUAGCAGGCAUCAUCUGUUCAAGUAGUAGAUGAAACAGUUGUUGUACCUCUUGAUUUGUCUUCUGCUUUGGGGAGUGGAGGGAAGAGCAGCUCUUCAUGGCCUGUCACUUUCUGGCACUCUUUGUUCGUGGCCCACCCAAAACUGAAAUGGGCUGGGAAUAAGAACAGUUGGGUGUGGACAGUGAGUCCUGGAUUUGUCCAAAAGGAACAACAUGGGGACGCAGGCCAGAGCCUGCUUCUCUGGCUUGGCGUCUUGAUUGUAUAUGGACUUUGCUCCUAGCUAAAGCACUGCUCUUGGACAGUCUGCGGUGGAAGUAUUAAAAGGUGCAUUUUCACCAGUGCCUCUCUCUUGGAUAAUUUUCCAGCUAAGCCUUAAAUUAUUACUGACUUAACAAGUGUGCCAUUUUCCCCAAGGGAUGGCUGGGGAGUAUGCACUUUCCAGAUAAAAGGGUGCUCUUUUUUUAAUGGGCAGAGGGAAUUUAACAACUCAGAUGUGUGUCAAAGCAUGUACUGCUCAAUAAACUGUAUUUUGUUAAGGUGGCAA